GGUGUCCUCGUGGUUCCGGGUCUCGCUUUGGAUCUCCGAGCUGUUCGCGGAGAGACUGAGGCUCGGAGCCAGAGCAACCUCCCGAACCCCACAGGAAACCUGUUUCCCUUCCUUGAACCUGCUGUGAAAGUCUGGCUUCGGGUCACUGGCAGUUUCUUUGAAACCCUUGCAAACUCAGGCGUGGUCAAGGUCGGGCCGCUGUGGCUGUGUUGGCGCCGGGAUUCGCACACCGGCUGAAGUCAGCUUUGAGCCGUGUGAGGCUUUGUGGAGCCGAGAUGACCCACUCUUUGGUUUGUCCAGAGACAGUGAGCAGGGUGAGCUCAGUGCUGAAUCGCAACACCCGGCAGUUUGGAAAGAAACAUCUGUUCGACCAGGAUGAGGAGACGUGCUGGAACUCAGACCAGGGCCUCUCCCAGUGGGUGAUACUAGAGUUUCCCCAGCGCAUCCGUGUCUCCCAGCUGCAGAUCCAGUUCCAGGGGGGCUUCUCCAGUCGCCGGGGCCACCUGGAAGGUUCCCGGGGGGGUGAGGCUCUUAGCAAGAUUGUGGACUUCUACCCUGAGGACAACAAUUCACUUCAGACCUUCCCUGUGCCAGCUGCCGAGGUGGACCAGCUGAAGGUGACAUUCGAAGAUGCAACUGACUUUUUUGGCCGAGUAGUCAUCUACCACCUGCGGGUGCUGGGGGAGAGGGUGUGAGACCACUGGAUAGCCGUCUCCUCCAGGAGGCCCUUGGGGAAGCACAGUGAAGUCCUUCAGGUUACGCGCAGAAGGUUUAUUCGUUCCUCUUGGGAAGGAUCCCCUCCCACUGUCUGUCCAGGAGCUGCCUUUGAAGCCAGUUCUGGGUUUCCCCAGCUCUGGGUCAACUGUUUUGUUCCCUGAGUAUCCGAGUCCCCAGCAGGCAGUCUUCACUCCGGAUCUGCAGGCACCAGGUUGCUCUGGAAGAGUUUGAGGAUGUGGUUCUCGAUCACCUGUUGCACUGGAAACAGGACAGGGGAAAGGUGGGCCAUGAAUCGAAUGGAGGUUGCAGAGGCACCGGCCAAAUUGUACACUUUCCUGGGGGAUGAGCUGGGGUAUCCCACCGUGAGAACUGCACCCUCCUCUUGGCGGACAAACAGGGAUCUCCAAGCCCUGGGACAUGGAUGGAGGACCUACUUCAUACAUGGGGAAAUCCAUACUCUUCCCAGAAUACAAGUGGGAAGACUGAGGCACCCGAACCAGGAAACUCAGCUUCCCCGUAGUUUGUAAAAAUGCACUUUGGGAGGCUUUUUAGAGUCAUAAAAAUAAUCUUUACCAAACAAAA